AUGGCAAAACCAAAAAAGAAGCAGGUCACAACAUCCGAGGAGAAAGAAACAACAUCACCAUCAACAACAACAAAGUCAUCAUCAUCAACAAAUCAAUAUACUAAAAGCAUAUUCUCAGACUCCCCAGUCUAUGAACUCCUCCAUUACUUCGAAAAAGCCCCAGAUCAAUGGGCAGCAAGAUAUAUCCUCAUCCUAACCGCCAUCAUAUUACGUACCGCAAUUGGAUUAGGUGGACAUCUGGGAUAUGCCACCCCACCCAUGUUUGGAGAUUUUGAAGCUCAAAGACAUUGGAUGGAAAUAACGAUAAAUUUACCUCUAUCACAAUGGUAUUAUUUUGAUUUAGAAUAUUGGGGAUUGGAUUAUCCUCCUUUGACUGCUUAUCAUUCAUAUAUCAUUGGAUUGAUUGGUGGAUUUAUUAAUGGCGAUUGGUUUGCUUUGGAUAGUUCUCGAGGGAUUGAAACUGAUGAAUUACGAUUUUUUAUGAGAUUUAUGGCGAUUGUUAGUGAAUUGAUUAUAUAUAUUCCGGCAGUUUUAUCAAUUGCAAAUAUGUUGGGUAAGAAAUUUAAUGUUAAUAGAAUGGAUCAAAUAAUUAUAUCACUUGUGAUUAUAAAUCAAGCUCAUUUGGUAUUGAUUGAUCAUGGUCAUUUUCAAUUUAAUUCGGUCAUGCUUGGAUUAUUUGUAUAUUCGGUGAUUGAUCUUGCUAAGGGGAAUCUUAUAUUGGCAAGUAUUUGGUUUGUUAGUUGUAUUAAUUUCAAACAAAUGGGAUUAUAUUAUUCAUUAUUUAUAUUCUUUUAUAUCCUAAGUCAAUUGAACAGUUUCUCUCAUCUUAUAUCGGUGGGCAUAACUGUGGUGGCAACCCAAAUUGUUUAUUUACUUCCAUUUAUCAUUCAUAAACCAGAAAGUAUUUUACAAAUUGUUCAUCGUGUUUUCCCAUUAGGAAGAGGAUUAUUUGAAGAUAAAGUAGCCAAUUUUUGGUGUACUACAAAUACAAUUAUAAAAUAUCGUGAUAUUAUUGAUCCUCAAGAUUUACCCAAAUUAGCAUUAUUAGCAACGUUGGUCGCCACCGUGCCAAUCAAUAUUUUAUUAUUCUUCAAAUUGAGAAAGAAACCAGAUAAUAUCAGAAUCCCCGGUAUGAUUUAUGGAUUUGCCAUCAAUUCAUUAUCAUUCUACUUGUUUUCAUUCCAAGUUCAUGAAAAGAGUAUCUUGGUACCACUUAUUCCAAUUCUGUUAUUAUUAUUAAUUGAUCAUAAUGAUAUUAAUAUGAUUCAAUGGGUGAAUAAUGUAGGUACAUUCAGCUUAUAUCCAUUAUUAAAGAAGGAUGACUUGAUCAUGCAAUAUUUCGUCAGUAAUUUAUUGAUAAAUUGGUUAAUUGGACCCAAAAUUUUAUUAAAGAGUAAGUUUCCAUUAAAUAAUAUUGCCAUGUGGUCUACAUAUGCCAUGAUGAUUAUUUAUCAUCUAUUAGAUUCGAUGAUGGAUCCUCCGGUGAGAUAUCCUGAUUUAUGGGUGAUUUUGAAUAUUACGAUUUCAUUUAUUGGAUUUGCUUAUUUUUGGCUUUGGCUCGUGUAUAAAGUUUAUAAGUUAUAA